ACUCUAGCUAUAGCUUCUCUGCUUUCUUUCUCCUCUCUCUCUCUCUCGCCAUGGAUGGGAUGGGAUCGGGGCACGGAUAUAUGUGGGCUCGCAGGACCCGGCAGAGUAGCUGUUGUGCUUACCACAGCACAGUAGUGUACUCGUUCGACAGAUCCCUAUAGCUGCUAGCUAGGUAUAGUCCUUUUGUUUGUACGAUAGAAAAGCUAGCAUCGAUCCAGCGUAGCAUCAACAUCAACAUGGGUUCCUGGGUGCGCACCAUCACGUCGCCCUUCCGGAAGAUGCUCAGCCCGCAGCAGCGCGACGGCAAGAAGACGCCGCGCCGCCGCCACCACCACCACCAACGACGCCAGCAGCAAUCUCCUUCUCCUUCUCCUUCUUCUUCAUCAGCCAUGGAGGAGGAGCACAGCGGCGAGAUGGAGAUAAGCAGGUCGCAGCUCUACGGCGAGGUGAUGGCGUGCACGUACGAGGACGUGCAGGUCAUGUGGUCCAUGCUCGACAAGGCCAGGAUCUGCAGCGCGUCGUGACCGGACCGCCACACACGGACCUUCACAUCCGCUCGAUCCGCCGUCCAUGGCCGAUCCAAUGCACCAGUACAUAAUAUAUACUCUCCCAGCAGCUGGGCACUGGGCUUCUUCUUCAUUCAUGGCAAAGCAAGCUCUCUUGGCGCGAGACAACUCGAUCUGCCGAGGCGCGCGGCAUGCAACCUGCUAUGAUCCAUCACUACAUAUACUAGCCCUGAAACCUUUUUUUUUUUUGCAGUUGGUUUUGUGUGUGGUGGCGUCGCAUAGCAUGUACGGUUGAGUCUGAUGAAUCCCGGUUGCUGGCAGUGGCACACAGACACAUGGAUGUAUCAUGGCUAGUUAGUUAGUUCAUGGUGUGUGUGCAAGUGCUAUCUUGGAGAGAUUUAGUGACUGUAUACCACAAACAUUAGUCAUGUUGCUUUCGAGGCCACCACCACCUCCGCUCCUCCUCUCUACCGUUGGUGUCAGUCAGAGAUGCAUGCAUCUCUCCAGCAGUAACUUCUUGCUGCCUGAUCGAGAUGCCAAUUGCCAACCAUAUCGGCGUGAGCGCCAAUAAAGUAAGUCAUCUGGGCACCGUGCGCGUGCCGCGGGCUUGUUCCUCGGCCCGAGACGCGUUCCAGGUCUUCAUCUUCCUCGCCGCGGCGAGAGCGCCGCAAUCCCCGUCUGCCCUCCUCUAUCUGCUACCAGGACAGAGUUUGCUAAUGCCUGCUUGGUGUUCGACGUAUUGGUUCUUGCAUUGUUUCGGUUUGUCUUUGUCCUCCAUAGUUGUAGUAAAAAUCGGAACUCUCGGAGAUGCUUUUUA